AUGUAUGUGCCGCGGCAUAGUCCCGAGUCUUCAAGGCAGACGAGUCCUGCAUCAAGAGAUCAUAACCCGCGGAAACGGGGGCGAACUGCAUGCACUCGCUGCAAGACACGGAAGCAGAGGUGUGACAAUGAGUAUCCAACCUGUUCCAACUGCUUGAAAGCGGGUGUCCCGUGCGACAAGUCCAGCGUCCGAGAGGACAGCGACCGCCAGAAUGAUUACACACGUGGCCUAGAAGAGCGUGUAGCGUUCCUUGAGCGCAAGCUCGUUGAGUCUGAUCGAUCGCCAAAUCAGAAUACCGCCACAAACAAUGCGCCUUCACUCUUCUCCCCUCAAGCAGGGCAUGGAACACCACACACAACUACUCCCGGAUUCGACAAUAAUCCCGUCGGAGAGAUUGUGGGCCUUCUUGCCCUGAGCUCCUCUGAGGCCCCUGCAUACGUAGGAUCCAGCUCUGGACUUUCUCUCGCUGCCGAUUUGGGAGAGAUGGUCCAAACAAGUGUCUGGAACCAAUUUAUCUCGAGAAUGCAGCGCCACCCCAGCACUGCAGCCAAUAAUCCCCAAAAUACUACAGCACAAGUACACCCGGCAUCAGAGCAGCCCAGUACCACUCAAAUUCGAGAUCGGCCGGCGAGGGUAGAAGAUCUCUUGCCGGGGAACGUUGAGCCUCCAACUGAUGAGAUGGGCGCAAAAAUGCUUGAAACUUAUUUUGCUAGACUUCAUACCCGAUAUCCAUUCCUGAAUCGAAGACAGGUAUGGCAGAUUCAUGAGGAUCGAUGGCGCUUGGCGAAAAUCAAGCGCGAGGAUCUUACUCAAUCUGAUAGAUUCGCCAUCUUCAAACUCAACUUGGUCUAUGCAAUCGGUGCAACAAUGCUUCAGUUGAAUGGGAAGUAUUCAAACACGACCCCUGAGCGCUUUUACACUGCCGCCUUGCAGUAUGUCCCCACUAUGUGUGAUGCAAGAUCCAUCGAAAACAUCGAGGCCAUGGUCCUUCUUGUCGUAUACCAUCUCCGAACUGCAUCGAGUCAUGGCAUGUGGUACAUGAUUGGACUUGCCAUGCGUACUGCCAUUGACCUAGGCCUUCACCGAAAAAUACAUGAAAGCAACAUGGAUCCAUUUACUACUCAGAUGCGACGAAGGCUGUUUUGGACUGUGUACUACCUGGAGCGAGUCGUCUCAAUGUCACUCGGCCGUCCAUUCAGCAUAUCCGAUCGCCACAUCGAUCUCGACCUCCCAUUGGAAGUAGACGACGACAUUCAAGAUCCCGCACUACUCACAGCGCCCCAAGAUCCAAACAAAACAACGACUUUGACAUACGCAAUCUACCUCUGCAAACUCCGCCGCAUCGAUUCCCGCAUUCAACACAAAAUCUACCGCGCCGAUCGGCCUCUAUCAUCCCUCCGACCAAAAAUGGACCCUCUAUACCUCGAACUAGAACAAUGGAAAGAAUCUGCCCUAGUAAGAUUCAGUGGCUCAGACCUCGACUACCCAAUGCUGCACUACAACCGAGCAGUCAGACUACUAAUCCAACCAUUCCUCCCUCUCCUCCCGAUCACAGACCCAUACUACCAAAUAUGCAUCUUGGCCGCAGGAAACAUCUGCCAAUCCCACAAACGCCUGCACCAAACCAUCGAAUACGGCCACUCCUUUCUAGCAGUGCAAACCGUCUUCAUGGCCGGAAUCACCCUCCUCUACGCGCUAUGGACACAUACAGACCAAGUCUGGUCCGUCCGCAUGAGCAACGAUAUCCGCGCCUGCUCAACCGUCCUCUUCGUAAUGGGCGAGCGCGCAGCGUGGGUCAAGAAAUACCGCGACGCCUUCGAGUUACUGGUCAACGCCGCUAUGGAGAAAUUGCAGGGCAACGAAACCGCCCGCAAUGCCGGGAUCGCGGAGCUGAUGACGGCUCAGUAUGGGGUUAAUUGGAACGCUCCUUGCAUGUCUGGAAAUGACAAGUUUCCGCCAGUUAAUCCGACGGGACUGGCUCCGGAUACGAUGGGCACGCCUCAGCCGCAGGGAUGCCCUGAUGAUGAUUCUGAGAAUGCAGUGAGGAUGGCGUUGCAGUUGGCGCCGUGGAUCGACCAGGAUGAAAGUGAUCCACUGUGGAUGCCGGACUUUGAGACUUUGGAGAAUCUGUCCGGGCCUUUCUGGAGUCAUGCUGAUAUGAGGCUUUUUGAUCCGUUGUGA